AUGACCCUGGAGUCCAUCAUGUCGUGUUGCCUCAGUGAAGAGGCUAAAGAGGCACGGAGAAUCAACGACGAGAUCGAGAGACAGCUGCGCAGGGACAAGAGGGACGCACGGCGUGAGCUCAAACUGUUGCUCCUGGGCACUGGAGAGAGCGGGAAGAGCACGUUCAUCAAACAGAUGCGGAUCAUCCACGGAGCCGGAUACUCAGACGAGGACAAGCGCAGUUUCACCAAACUGGUCUAUCAGAACAUCUUCACCUCCAUGCAGGCCAUGAUCCGAGCCACGGAGACCCUCAAGAUCCCAUACAAAUAUGAACACAACAAGGCCAAUGCAAACAUUGUGCGGGACGUGGACGUGGAGAAGGUGUCCAUGUUUGAGAAUCCGUACGUCGACGCCAUCAAGAGUUUAUGGAACGAUCCGGGAAUCCAGGAGAGCUACGACCGGCGGAGGGAGUACCAGCUCUCCGACUCCACCAAAUAUUACCUGAACGCUCUGGACCGGAUCUCACUGCCCGGGUACCUGCCCACUCAGCAGGACGUCCUCAGGGUCCGAGUGCCCACCACCGGCAUCAUCGAGUACCCCUUCGACCUCCAGAGCGUCAUCUUCAGGAUGGUGGACGUGGGCGGUCAGCGGUCCGAGAGGAGGAAGUGGAUCCACUGCUUUGAGAAUGUCACGUCCAUCAUGUUCCUGGUGGCUCUGAGUGAAUACGACCAGGUGCUGGUGGAGUCCGACAAUGAGAACCGCAUGGAGGAGAGCAAGGCGCUCUUCAGGACCAUCAUCACUUACCCCUGGUUCCAGAACUCGUCUGUGAUUCUGUUCCUCAACAAGAAGGACCUUCUGGAGGAGAAGAUCAUGUAUUCUCACCUGGUGGAUUAUUUCCCCGAGUACGACGGCCCGCAGCGAGACGCCCAGGCCGCGCGUGAGUUCAUCCUCAAGAUGUUUGUGGACCUGAACCCGGACAGCGACAAAAUCAUCUACUCCCACUUCACCUGCGCCACCGACACCGAGAACAUCCGCUUUGUGUUCGCCGCGGUCAAAGACACCAUCCUGCAGCUCAACCUCAAAGAGUACAACCUGGUCUAG